UUUAUAUAUAAACGCAAUUGCAGAGAAGAGAGAGGUUAUUUUAAAAUUUCAUCCGGCUCCAAAUAUUUUAAUCCGCAAAAACGAAGCUCUUUCUAAGAUUAUUCACUGAUAUCACAAAGAUAUCAAGUAAUUUAAUUAACAAAAUGGUUAUCAAACAUCAUGUUGAAAGUUAUGAGGAAUUUUCAAAAUUAGUUGAAACCUUAGAAUCCUCGGGUGAUCCAAUUCAUGUUUUAUUUAGUGGUAAUAAAGAUGAAAAUGGUAAAAGUUGGUGUCCUUAUUGUGUAAAAGCUGAACCAAUUAUAAAUGAGGCGCUGGAAAAAUCGGCUGACAAAAGUCAUUUUGUUCAUGUUGAAAUCGACAGACCAAUCUGGAAGGAUUUAAACUGUCCCUUCCGCAAGGAUCCCCGUACUCAUUUGGUGUUCCUGCCAACUUUGUUGCGUUGGAAGUCACCUCAACGUUUGGAUGGCGAGAAAUGUUCCAACACUGAUCUCGUCGAAAUGUUACUUACCGAUGAAGAUUAAGCAAGAUAUAAGAAAAAAGCUGAACAAAAUAAAAAUAUUAUAUUUGAAGUUUUAAGAUAAAGUUUAAUGUUUGUAUUCACUUAAAAAGUAAAAAAUAAAAAUACAUCAUGAAAUAUAAUUCCAUAAUAAAAUAAAUAUCAA